UAAUAUUUUGGUGCUCAUUGGUCACUUUUUUAUGAGUAGUGCCAUAAGUGGCUCUGAGUGCCUCGUGUGUGUCUCAUACUGCAGAAUAUUGUUAUAUUAGUGGCUUAAGUUUAUUUAGACACGGUACACAUAAGUACAAUUAUCAUACGUGGAGAAUAUUACCCACCAGAAUAACCCAGAAAAAAGUGUCUGACAUUAUUUUCCAUUGGGAGGGGGUCCUUGUAAUAUAUUUUUAAUCCUUAAAAUGAAUAAGACACUCGUGCAACACUUUGGGUAUCGUCGUAAUUGAAACUUCGCCCACAAGUGACUAUAUCAAUCCAAUACAGAAGGGAAGUAACGUGGAAAAUAUAUAAAAAUUGACAAAUCUGUGCAUAUCAGAGAAAUUCUCUCCCCCAGGAAGGUAUUGCUAACCAGCAGACUUUUUGCAUAUAUAAAUGGGGAGAAAUCAGAACUGAGAUUAAUCACAAGUGGCGUCCCACAGAGAUUGUAAUGGACAAACAUGGAGAAGGCCCAUCUCUUGGAGAUUGUGAGAUGAUAUUUGGUGAUGGGGCAGACAGCAGAGGCACCACUACAGAAGAUGAGAAAGAGAGUGAGGAUGGUAAGGAGAUGGAAGGUGAGAUGAGACGAGAGGUUAACACUACCGAGGAUGCGUCGGGACAACCCAAGUGUAACACUGUGACGGAUCUCCCUUACAGUGACUGUCUUCCCCAUGCAGCCUCCUUACCCCGAUUUCCUGAUGAACGUACGCCACUGAUCAGACCGUCAUCUUCCUUCACCGGCAUUUAUUCCAGUUCUUGGUCAACCACAGUGGGUCCUUCUCCAUACACAUCUGAUAACAAGCCCAAAAGGAGACCAUUUCACCAUGCUGUUGCCAGUAGUGGCUCAACUUCUGGUGCUCGCACCAUGGAUGGCAGUACUAUCGACGCACACUUGUUCACUCGCUACAGAUAUUAUUCCAGACUUCGAGCAGAUGUUCAUCCAAGUGAACAGGCUCUGGUAAUCCCAGACCAUGUUGUUCCACCAGAGUUGUUCUUGCCGUACAUCCCCGGACACACUCCCGAUGCUGAUGGCAAGCAGGCUUCACACAUCACCAUCAUAGCCAUUUGGAAUACAAUGAUGGGCACAUCUUUGAUGACAAUGCCUUGGGCAUUUGGUCAAGCAGGGUUUGCUGGUGGCUUGAUCAUUAUGCUUGGCAUGGCAGCUCUCUCCUUAUAUACAGCUAUAAGACUCCUCACACUGCAGAAGACAAUUGGCUUGGAAGGUCCAUCACUGGAAUUAAGUCGUGUGUGUCUACAGUUACUUGGAGGGACACUGGGCAGACUGACAGAGUGUGUGACUGUGAGUUUCUCAGUACUCACAUUAGUUGGGGCUCAGGUUGUCUACUGGGUCCUCAUGUCCAAUUUUCUCUUCAACACUGGAGAAGUAAUAUAUGAUGCCAUGAAUGGUGAAAUACACAAUGACUCAUCUAGUAUGUUACUGUGUCCUCCAAAUAUGACACACGAUGAUUUGAGUAUACCAGAGCCGAGCAUGUUUCACCGCUGGUGGCAACAAGACUUGACUGUGCCAUUCUACCUUAUUAUACCCUUCCUGUUCAUUCUUAAUCUUCGUAAUGCCAAAAUAUUUACAUACUUCAACUCUCUUGGCGCAAUCUCAGUGCUUGUGAUGUACCUGUUUGUCAUCUCUAAAGCUUCAGUGUGGGGCUUCAACAUCAGCGUCACUGAUCCUACUGAUAUCUUCUAUGUUCCUCUCUUUAAGUCAACCUUUAUGUGUCUGACUGGAACACUGUCCCUGGCUUACUUCAUCCACAACUGUGUUGUAACCAUCAUGCAGGGCAACAGACAUCAAGAAAACAAUGUACGAGAUGUGACUGUUGCCUACGUCUUGGUCGCUGCAACUUAUAUUCCCAUUGGUGUAUUUUUCUACUCCACUUUCCCGCUUCCAAAGUAUUGUGUUGUUGAUAAUUUCCUGGAUAAUUUUCCUCCGCACGAUGUGGUGCUGGCGGUAGUCCGUGGCUUCCUCUUCUUCCAGAUUCUCACAGUGUACCCCCUACUUGGGUUCUUCAUCCGCAACCAACUGUUCACAUACUUCAUGGGCCCCACCUAUGAAUACAAGCUGUGGAGGGUUAUUGUGCUCAACACCUGCUUGAUAACUCUCUCAGUGAUGGUCGCUGUCCUCUACCCUAACAUUGGUUUCAUCAUUCGGUGGAUUGGUGCUAUAUCUGGAUUAGCAUACAUCUUUGUUCUUCCCUGUGUCACCUACAUGGUCGCACUCUACUCAAAAGACCAGCUUCAGUGGUACCAGUUAGUGUUUCAUUGUGGCAUUAUAUUAUUAGGAAUUGGCAAUUUUGUUUGUCAGUUCCUUAUUAAGUAACUAAUGCUAAUAAAUAUUAUGUAUAAAAUUUUGUUGUAAAAGAAAAUUUGUAUAGCAAAUUGAGAUCAGCUAAGAGUAAGUUUAGAUCUGCCUUGAUAACAUCACUGCCAUGUGCAGUGUUGCUAAAACUUGCCGUUAUUAUUAUUACUCUUAUUAUGUAAUUAUUAUUAUUAUUAUUCUGGACUCCUGCAAUAACAUGAGAGGGGUGUCAGCCAUAGCUUAUAACACAUUUUUUUUUUAAAUUUAUACAUUUUUUGUUAUAAAAAGUACAGAAUAUCAUUGGCUUUCUUUUCAAUGAUUACAGCAUGCAGAAAACAUUAUCUUAGACUCGUGUUCAAUUUUAUUAGCUACUCUCGAACAAAGGUAUUUUUAUGCUGUGUUCAGUUAUAUUCUAAUAUGAAGGAUAUUGAACUUGCUGUUUUUAGUAUUCCAUUGUAUCUGUUUAUUUUGAGCAGAUUUCACUACAUUUUAGCUGUAUGGCUUACAUAUAGGAAAAACCUAAGGUAUAUUGUUACUUUUCUUUAACCAUAUUUGCCAACUCCUACCAAGGUGACCCCAAGAAAGAAAACACAUUCACCAUCAUUCAUUCAAUAGUUAUAUUUAUUAAUUUUAUACUUGGCUAUUGGCUAGGUAUUCAUAUUGGUAACUACUUUUUAGGUAAUUCUUAUAGCUGGUAAGAAAGGCCAAGGGAAAUCUUACAGUGGUACUGAGGUAUAGGGCAACAAAUAACACUCAUGAAACUCAGAUUAUUCAGGUAUUUCUUGUCAUAGACUAUUACGUACUGUGUUAAUGUAUUUUGUUAUAUAUUUAGGUAAACUAGCAUUUAAGCUUUGUAUUAGGAAUGAAGAGGAUGAUCAGACAUAUAAAUGAGGCAGAGGACAUGCACAACAAUUAUCACAGGUGAGACAUGAAGAACACUUUACCAAAGAAGAUAUAAAUUAAGAAUGUUCUUUCUGUUGGCUGUUGGCAAAAUAUACUGUGUAUAAUGUAUUAUACAUUAUGGGACAAUAAUAACACUAGUAUCAGCAGUGUGAAAACGAAAGUUUAGUUUUUAUUGUCAUUGUAAAAUAAUUUUGAAGAAUAUGUACCCUGAGUAGCUCAGGACUCUGGCAUAGCACAAAUAGAACUUUUUGAAAUCCAAAUUUCUGAAAUAUUAGUAUCUAUGUGAAAAUAUACAUUAGUACAUUACAUGCAGUGGAACCUCAGUACUCGAACUUAAUUUGUUCCAGAAGGCUGUUCGAGUACUGAACGAAUUUUUACCAACCAAUUUUCUUUUUGGUUGGCUGUUAUCACUAAUCUUCGUAGGCCCCAUGGUGACUUAUUUAUACAAAUAAUAUAAAAAACUGCCAAAAAAUGUGAAGAAACACGAAAUACUUUAUAACAAAGUUCUGGCAGGUCGUGUUUGUUUGGUUGAGUGCCGAGCAAACUGUUGACUACCAAGCAAUUUUUUUUACCCAACAGAGUGUUCAAAUACCGAGUUGUUCGAGUAUGGAGCUGUUCAAGUACCGAGGUGACCCUUGUAUACUGUAUAUAGUUAUUUUAUGAAAUAACUGAUGAUAUAUAAUUGAUGAGGCAUUGGAAAUGGUAUACAAAUGAUAAAAUUUGGAAGUGAACACAGAAAAACAAGGUGAAUGAUAUUUCAUAGAAGUAUAGAGAAUGAUAGGUCAGGAUGGGAAGCAGUGUGCAAGAAGGCCAUCAAUACUUGGGGAUGGAUAUAUCAGUAGAUUGGUCUCUGGAAAUUAAGAUAAGUUACAAAAUGGAAGAUAGUUGAAGGAGUUAUGAGGAAUUUCUGGAAAGAAAGCUUAGUUUUUAAAUUUGUAGUAAGGAUAUUAGAGAUAAGGUGCAGUAUAAUUUUUGAGAUGACUGUGUAGAAAGAGAAUUAUAUUAAAAGAAAUGAAGGAAUUAAAGACAGGUUAUGGUAUACAGUAAUUCAGAGUGGAAAAUAGGUUAUUGAGAUGGUUUGGUUAUGUAGAAGGUAUGAGCAAGACAAGCUGGUGAAAAGGAUGUACAAUGUAGAACUGGGGUUGAUGGAAAGAAAUGCAGGAGGGAAGUGUGAAAAAUAAUGCGACAGGUUCGAAUAAUCUAUAGAAUUUGAUGAUUUGUUGAAGCAUAAGUUUGGUAAUAUUUGUGAAGGAGCUCAAAAACUUAAAUCCAAUACUGGUAAGUUGAUUAAGAUAAACGUGCAACAUUUGUAUCUUUUUUUUUUUUUUUUGUCUAGAAGAAUUGCCAAAGACUUCACCUGCACCAUGGUCUUGCUGUGUCAGACAUGUAGUGUCGUGUUGUUGAUGGUAUACAAAAAGGAUAUCCAAGUGUUGCACAUUUGUCUUAUUCAUAUCCAUUUUAUUUGCGCUUCAAAACCUUUUCACUACAAUUUAAUCUAACCUAGAUAACUCGACUCACGAAAUCAUAAUGACACGAUUGCAAACAAACCAUACCACGGUCUGGAGUUUUGAGACUGAUCGCGGGUUCAAACUCCACCCGUGGUAUGGUUUAACCUAAAUAACAUAUAUAGAAUUUUUUUCUCUCAAAAUAGUACUACAUUAGAAAUCAGAGCUUGCUUUAGAAGGGCGGCGUGUAUUAUUUGCAUUCGUGAAGAAGCUAACCCAUGUGAAUUGUACUGCGCUAUGAGUAUGGAAGGUAAUCAGGCAUAAUUCUGUGGAUCAGGAAUGCUUCACCAGUACCAUGGCAAACCCCACGAAGGGAACACUUGCCACCUCAUAUCACAUUCAUCGUCUGUUAGCAUUGCAGUAUGUUUACUAUCUACAGGAGGCACUAUAUGGCAGUAGUGUGUUAUGAAAAAAUUGCUAAGGCAAGCAAAUGAAAUUUAGAUCUUUUGAAAAAGCUGAGUAUUACAACCCAGACACAAUAAGGCCUGUUAUCCUGGGUAUAAAGGGGAGCAAGAAGCAGAACAAACACAGCUGAAUGACUUUGAAAUAUAUUUUCCUUCACCAAGAGUGAUAGCAAGUAUUUGCACUUAUGUACACUAUAUACAGUAGGAAAUGUAUGUGUAAACACGGUUAGUCAAAGGCAAAGACACAGCCUGGAGACAGAAUGGACAACCGUGCUCAACCAGCUCUAGAAUGGAAAUGACAAGGGUGGACAGGUGAGUGGUGACCACGACACCUCCACAAUUGCUAGACUCGCCUUUUCAUUGGCUAAAUCUAGAUACUGAUCCGACGAUGGGGCCCCGAUCAUCCGAUCCUUAGCAUCUGGUUCGCUGGUUAGGGAGGUAGCCUUUUAAUGAGGGUGUGUACGUGCUCUGAAUAAAGGUUGAGCUCUACCUAAGAGUUGGAUUGUUGAGAAGAAAGGCGGUCCCAUUAUACAUUGCCAUGGUGGCACUUUCUACCUAUUGGAGGUGGGAGCCUAUUCCUGAGCCCUCUCGGGGUGGGGGUUUGGCAUGCAAAGAGUACGUAACCUUUAUUCAGAGCAUGUACACACCCUCAUUAAAAGGCUACUUUCCCAACCAGUGAACCAAAUGCUAAGGAUCGGACGAUCGGGACCCCAUCAUCGGAUUAAUAUCUAGAUUCAGCCAAUGAGAAGGUGGGUCUGGCAAUUGUGGAGGUGUCAUGGUCACCACUCACCUAUCCACCCUUGUCAUUUCCAUUCUAGAGCUGGUUGAACACCGUUGUCCAUUCUGUCUCCAGGCUGUGUCUUUGCCUUUGACUAACACUGUUGUACACAUACAUUUCCUACUGUAUAUAGUGUACAUAAGUGUAAAUACUUGCUGUUGCUCUUGGUGAAGGAAAAUAUAUUUCAAAGUCAUUCAACUGUGUUUGUUCUGCUCCUUGCUUCCCUUUACACCCAGAAUAACAGGCUUUAUUGUGCCUGGGUUGUAAUACUGAGGUACGAAUAUUAAUAUUUGUUUUUAUUGAUUAAUAGUUCAGUGGAAUUCCUCUUGACUCUCAAGCAAAUGAUCCAUAAUUUUGCUGUAAAAUUCUGGCUUGCUCUAAAGAUUUUGCAAUAAUUCCUAUUAAGUUGAUAAAAAGACAGUGCUUUGAAAUAUUUUUUGACACUGAUAAUUCUUAGUGAUUUUAAUUUGUUUCAAAGCAGAGCAGCUGUUUUACAGAUGCAGUCUUUGCUGGAACCAUUAAUUUCCAAAAAAUAGCUUUGUAACUGUAAACCUUUUCCAAGUCAUCUAAUUUUAAAAUAUGUUUUCAUUUAUUUCUUACUCUUACUUCUCCUAUCUGUUCUCCAUGAUUCUUCACAUCUUUCUCACUAUUUGUUCAUACUAAAGGGUAGCUUUCAUUCUUCCCUUAAAAUCUUAUUGACCAGUGUAAGCAAGUGAGAUUACUUCACUCUGUAGACAGACCAGCAUGUAGACUUGAAAUGUAGGUUUUUCAGCUCCUUCUAAAGCCUCUGGAAGGCAUUUAAUUAUCCAGAGAAGAGUCUGCAUGUAGCUUUGUACUCAUGGUAUCAAAGAUAGAAUUAUGAAUGUCUGUAUUUAUAUAUAAACACAUUCCUGUUUAUAUACUGCACAGUGCACAUUUUUACAUAUGAUAAAUGUUUAACGUUUGCACAUAUAAAUGUACUGAACAUGUAUUUAUUCUUAUUAAUGAAUGUUUUGUGCAUGAAUUCAUUCCUACAUAUUGAUGUAAAUGUAUUUAUUCUUUCAAACAAAUGAACACGCCUUCAUUUUUGUUGAUUACUGUAUCAUAAAGAAAUGAACUUUUAUGCAUACUUACAUCAUACGAAUACAGUAUACAUAUUUAUCAUGUAAAUGGCUUUUCACCUCAUGUAUACUAUGUUGAUAUUAAUCCUUUUUCCCCCCCAACAGGUCUGCUCACUCAGUAUUACAUGUCUUUUGUAUAUACAGUAUCUUUUAUUGGUUAUUAUGUAAUGUACAUGAUACAGAGUGGCCUAAACCUAUGAACAAGUUAUGAUUAUCCACAGUUACGAAUGCUAAUCUGCAGUUACAAACAUUUGAGAGACGGUGGGAGACAACCGACUUGUUGAAAAAAAAAAAAAAAAAAAAAAAAAAACUAUCCUUUGUAUUAUUUUGUCUGUAUUAUUCAGAGUCAGAGGUAACUUGUUCAUCUGUUAAAACACCAGGAGCAAAAUGCAUCAUUUGUAAGUUAGGACCACCUCCCCAUGUGUAUGCUGUUUAUAUUAUACAUUUGAACAGUGUAAUAUUAUUGAUGGUGAAAAUGUUUAAACUAGAAAUGUGAAAUAAUAACUUCUGAUUUCUGAAAUUAUAGAUUAGUAUUUCCACAGUUUGUUUUGAUCAUUUACAGUAACAGUCUUGCAUUGUGACCCCCCUCAUCCUCAUCAGUGAGGAUGAGAGGGAUCAGGGCAAGGGUUAAUAAUGAUGAUAUUUAAUUUAUGCAUUAAUUGACCAUUUAUAUUAUUCACUUAUAGUGUACAGUAUUUACUGUACGUGAUUAUCACCAAUGGUUUUUGUAUCCAAAAUGUUGACCAUCUCAAAAAUUGGAUCUGCAUAAUCAGUUAAGCUUUCUUUUGUGUGAAUAAUUGAAUCAGUGAGAUCCAUCUUGAUCAGCCCUGGAGUGUAUAGAUUCAACAGGUACUGUUGAGGUGAAACCAGAAUCUUCCUGUGUUGCCUUCCAAACUGUAUAUUUAUUUGUGGUGUUCUGGAAGCAGUUUGUGAGAAUUGUCUGUGUAUAUGUACUGUACAUAUGAGAAGUGUCACAACUGAUCCUUGUCUGCUAUGGCAUCUACUCUCCCACACUUGGCACACCAAACUAAUCCACAGCUUAACUAGUUAACUUACUAAAACUCAUGCUAGUCUAAAUUAAUGAUGGGGAUAUACAUGGAAGAGAUAGACAGGAAAUGAUCAGCACACUUCAUGAAUAGAUAAUUUUGUGCAUUAAGUUGUAAAAUGUGUGCUUGAAAUUUGCCUUUUUUUAAAUUGGUAUACCAAGUUAAUAAUAAUGCUUGUUAUUAAAUGCUGGGAAAGACACUACCAUUGUGCACAAACUCAAAUGUUUUUAAUAAAAAAAGAAACAUGUCCACAUGUGUAUUAUUGUGAACAGUACAGCAAUUGCUCUCUUAACCUGACUUAAGGGGACCUGGGUUGAUUAACAUUAACACAGGCAUAGCAGUAUUCAGAGUAGAAUUUUAUUAACUAAUUUAAUGCAUAAUUGUCAGUUUUGUUGCUCUUCUUAACCCGUUCAGGGUCAGAACCCAAUCUGAAACUUGCUCUCAGUGCUGGAGAAUUUAAAAAAAAAAUUCUUAUGAAAUGAGAGAAUCUUUUUUUUGAAGGUAAUGAAACCAAAAGGAUGAAAAUUGAUGGAAAACUUACAGAAUUACGCUCUUGCAAAGUUAGCAGUCUUGGUGAUGUUUACACAUCGGUGAUUUCACCCACUUUGAGUGGGCCAGUUCCAUUGUUCUAGUCAAUCACACUCAUAACUGUUUCAACUAGGUAAAAGAAACUGCCCAUUUACCUAUUUCAAAUACCUAAUAAAAUUAUUAUAAAUUGGUAAUUUUGCCAAUUUCACACAAAAUUAAAAAAUUGCCAGUUUCAAAAUAGGGUCUAGAAUAAACAGUGUUAACAUUCCUGGCACUAAAACAUUUCCUCUGUUCAUCAGUCACAUCCUCAGGUCUCUUCUAUAUUACGCUUGCUUAUCAUUUUGAAUUUUAAGCAGACUAUACAUUAUUUUAAUAAUUGUAUAAAUAACGUCAGUGCAUUUCUAGACAUAUUAGACCAACCAGUUGGACGCAUAUUGAACGAGUGACGUAAUUUGUGUAUUCUGGAAUAUUGGCAAAAAUCAAACAUUUCUGCUACUUUGAGCUCAAUUUCAAGCACUUUCACUUGAGACUGAUCAAAAUCAUCUCUAUUUCUGUAAUAUAUCUUCCAUUCUAUAAAAUGAGAUCAAGAAACUGAGAAUGUGAGAACAAAAAUCAUGUGAAAAUACACCACAAAGUCGCUGUUUUAAACCAAAAAACAUUCAUUUUUUUUCUCAUUAUUCUCUCAUGUCUAGACCUAAAUUUACUGCUCACCACUUAUCUGAGUGAGCCGAGCUCAUGGCAUAGAACAACAGGACUGACCUGUGCUUCAAAGCCGUAGGACAACGGGACCUAUCCCGAAGGGGUUAAUGCAUUUGACUCAUAAACAAAGAAAAAAUAAUGCAUUAUCAAUUUAGAAAAUGGAUCCCAAUUAAAUUAAAAAUGUGUUUGACACCUACAUGUCAUACAGCAUUAAGCAAUUUUUUUUUUUUUUAAAUUUUAUCCAGUUUUGGCUAUUUCUCUUUACUCAAAACUAGUCAGUUGUCCAAUUUCAUAUUCAAACCAGCAAGUGCAUUAUUAAGAGAGAAUUCCAAGGAUAGAGAAUAUCAGUUAAUUGAGCGAUCAUUGCUCUGUUACUACUAACAGAAUCUCUUAUGAUUUUUAAUCAUUAAAACUGUUUUCCCAUAUAAAAAGCCUAAAUUAUAACCUAAAUACGUACUGUACUGUAGUCGAGUCUUGAUAGGUUUUUGACAUAUAACCUGCUAGAAAUGAGGCUUUGUAUUUGUAGUACAGGAGGGGCCUCACUUAUACAUCAGGUUAGGUUCUGGACUACUGCUGUAAAGUGAGCCAUAGUUAUUUUUUUUCCACUUUUAAAGGAAUAUAAAAUCCUCAAAACUUGCUUACAUUAUCAUAUAUUAAGUGAGCAGUAUAGCUAAGCCUAAAAAAUGCAUGUACAGUAUACACAUUACUUACCUUAAAAUAUUUUUGUUCUUGGCUUAUAGUGAGUGGUGAAUAUAUUUAUUGUAGAAAGUCUGAAUAAAUGAAGAAUGGGUAUGAUGAAAAACUGCUGUGUAAGUGAAACACUGUAAAGUGGGGCCUUCCUGUGUACUUUAAUAACAUUGAUGAUGCUUAUUAAACUCAUGAAGAUUGUUCAGUUAGAAUAUUGUAAUGAACAGUUUACAGUGUUAUUCAAAUGUGUUAACCUUUGCUCAUUGUUUUAAUGACAUUUGUACAAGAUGAGAUGUUAAAAUCUUCUUAGUAAUUUUCCUCAAGGGAUAUGUUGUGAUGCUGGGUAGGGGAUCUUGAUACAAGGAAGUGAACCUGUUCUCUCCUGAUUGCCUUCCAUUCCCAGUGCACUGUAUGAUCCCCCAAUUAUAAUAAUAUUGACUGUUGUUUUAAAGAUAAUUGUAGAAAAGGUUUUAGAUUUUUUUAACACAUCGGCAACUAGGUUUGAUACAAGGGAAGCACAAGCCCAAUUCCCUAAAUCAAGAGCCCUUCACUAGCAUCCAGGUAUCUCCUUUGAAGGAAUUAAACAAGGUUUCUUGAUGCUAGUGAGGGGCCCUUGAUCCAAGGUGUUCGACCUGACAGUCCUAAACUUGGAUUGAAACUGAUUAUCUCCUGUUUCCCUAAGCUCUGUAUAACCCAUAUAGGUGUGUGACACCCCCCAACCCAGAAUGUAAUAAUGAUAUUUUUUAUAUUUGUACAUAACUAAAGUUCUACACUACAGUGUGACUUAACACUUUUAUUUUUUUAUAUUUACACUAAGCAAGAUUCAGAUAAAUUUUUUAUCUACUAAAGAUAAAAUUGGAAAUACAUGAAUAUAUUUGUGUACUGAUUCAUCUAGAGAGAUGCCCAAAUUUUGGGGCAAGACUUUAUCCAAGGAAUUGAGCCUAUCCUCCUUUCCUUGAACCUGAUUGCCUCCCACUUUCCCAGGCACUAUAGGACUCCUACAGGUUUAGCACUCCCCAAGAAUGGAGUAUUUACUAAAAUCCUUGAGAUGUUAUCUCUGGUAAUUUUGUGAUGUACUUUCAUUUUGCAACAAAAUUUUUGAGUAAUUUUGAUUGAAAACUUUGUUGUGGAAUGAAACAUUUUCUAAUCUUCCAACCAACUAUGAAUUGCAUCAAAGGUGUAGUUCAGUGAUGUUUAGGUCUGAAGUAAAAUUAUUGUAAUCAUGGGGAAAGUGCUUAACCCAUAGAGAACCAUGCAGUAUUUGGGAAAUGGGAGGUAAUUAGGUUUUAUCCAAGGAAGUGUAGUCCCAGUUACUUGAAUCAAGAGCCUUUCACCAUCUUCAAGGUACUUACCUGGAAGAAAGAGGCAUUAAAACUACAGCAUAUACAUAUAUAAGAUUUAUUAAUAUAUUUAGUAAUCAAAAUUACCUCUUAACUGUGACCUAUUCUCACUUGUAGUCUGCACUGUACAGUGUUUAUCACUAAAGUAUGUCGGGUAGAGGCACCCAGUACAGUUUAUUAAUACCUGACCCUGUCAUGUGUGUGCUAAUACAUCAAAAAUUAAUGCCGGCCUGGCAACACUUACGUGGGAUGUCACAGGACUCCCUAAGGCUGCUGGCUGCAUGCUUAGUGCCUUCUAGGGUUGUGUAGUGGAUGUAUAAUUGUCUGUGAUACAGUGUGGUCUUGAGUAGUAUUAAGCUUGUCAAACUUGUUUGGUUAUAGACAAAUUAAUAUAGGCAAGACUAAGUUGCUGACACAAUACACAAUUACACAUCAUUGGAUUACAUAAGGCAGGCCAUCAAAUGGAGGGAAUAGAAGGCAUAGUUGGGUGGUACAGUGAGGCACUGGUUGUAUUAGUUUUGUGACAGUGGUUGACAAGCCCAUGCCAAGAGCACCUCCAAAGAAGCCUAGACAAAUGUCUCCAUGUAUAAUAACUGUAAUAAAAGUAUUACAGGUAGCAUAUAUGAAAAAGUUUGUCUAGGCUUAAUCUAGGCUUUCAUGUCAUCACUGCUGUCAUGGAACCGAAGCACCCAAUUCCUCACUUAACACACAUAUGACAAUGCCCCUCUAUUAUUUUCUUUAUGUAAUCCAAAGACCUGUGCAAUUCUCUGUUGUCAGUAACUUAUUCUUGCCCAUAUUAAUUUGUCAAUAGCAAAAAAGGUCUGACGAACUCAGCAUUCAAGACCACAUAAUGCAGGGAGACCAGAGAGACAUCCAUCUACUGCACAAACCUAGAAGGCACUGAGCAUGUAACCUGUAGACUUAGGAAUUUUAUGUCCCACUACAUGUUGCCAGGCCGGCAUUAAUUUCUGUUGUACCGAAACACGUACUAUAAUCAAAAGAAGUGCUACACCUACAAGGGCCACUGAAGCACAUAACAAAGAUAUUAUUUAUAUAUUAAAGCAUGCCAGGGCUCUUCCACUUGGCAUACUGGAAUGAACACUGUGAUUGUUUGAAGCUCUCUCUUACUUGCCAUCAGAAUAACUAAUUUUAUAAUGUAGCUUAUAAAUAAACCAUAUUGCAUACA